GUCGUCUCACUCGAUGGAUUUUGGCUUUACAGGAGUACGACUUUUCGGUUACGCAUCGACCUGGUCGAUAUCAUUCAAAUGCCAAUAGUCUUUCCCGGCUCGUCAAUUCUCUUGUUUCCAUGACUAAAAAUUUUGACCAUAAAAUCUGGUAUAAUUGUCGUCAAAUGUGUCACUCCGCCCGAGAAUGUUUUCACCCCUACGUCCAAAAAUCCACAAUCCAAUCACGACAACCUCUCCAAUUUUGA